CAUUGACGGGCAACCCCCAAGUCUAUGUUGUCAAUUCCGGUGCUUCGCUCGUCAGAGACAAAAACAGUGCACGGAAGUUGAGAGAGAAGCGAGAACUUCUGCCUGACGCAAGUCCGUCGCCGGAUUUGCUCAAACCGCCACCUCCCUUCUGUCUUCCUCGCCGCCGUAACUUUCCCGGGAGAAUAACGCAGAGAAGAUUUCCAGCUCGGAAGGAUCCUCGCGAGCUCGGAAAAUGUCUCAGUCCGGGAAAUUGAUGCCGAAUCUGGACCAGAACAGCACCAAGCAGCUCAACCUCACCGUGCUCCAGAGAGUCGAUCCCAACAUCGAAGAGAUCCUGAUUACCGCCGCUCACGUCACCUUGUACGAGUUCAACAUCGAGAGCAACCAGUGGAGUCGCAAGGACGUUGAAGGGUCUCUAUUUGUCGUUAAAAGGAAUGCUCAGCCUCGAUUCCAGUUCAUUGUGAUGAACCGGCGGAGUACAGAAAAUUUGGUGGAGAAUCUUUUGGGAGAUUUUGAGUACGAAAUUCAAGUUCCUUAUCUAUUAUAUCGGAAUGCUUCACAAGAAGUUAAUGGCAUUUGGUUCUACAAUUCACGUGAAUGUGAGGAAGUUGCCAAUCUUUUUAGCAGAAUAGUGAAUGCCUUCUCAAAGGUUCCUCCUAAUGUAAAAGGACACUCAAGUAAAAGUGAGUUUGAGGAGCUGGAAGUUGCCCCAAACAUGUCUAUGAUUGAAGAACCACUGGAGCCAUCAUCAACUGUGUCUGCCACUGAUGGUCCUGAAGAUUCCUCAUUUAUGAACUUCUUUAGUGCCGCCUUAAAUGUUGGAAAUAAUCCUCCAAACAUGGCGAUCUCAAGACCACCUCAUCAAUCUUCAGCACCAAUCCCAAUAUUUCAAAAUACAGCCGCUGUUCCUUCAGCUCCUCCACCAAAUGCUGAAUUAUCAUCCUAUUCCGUUCCAUCUUCUUUCAAUUUGGUGACCCGUACUGACUCUUCAGAUUCGAUCAGCAACAAGAACCUGGUGACUAAUCUGGUGAAGCCCUCUUCAUUUAUGUCAGCACCAUCUCAGGCAUCUCCUCUAGUGAUGCCACAAAUCCCUUCGGCCGCUCCUGCGGCUACUUCUCUCCAUCCUUCUCCAUUGAGCUUGCCACGCCCAUAUGGCACCCCAUUGCUUCAACCUUUUCCACCGCCUACUCCAUCUCCGUCCCUAACACCUAGCCCGUCUCCUCCUGCUGACAUACCCAUUAUCAACAGGGACAGAGUUCGUGGUGCUCUCCUUAAGCUUGUCCAGGACGAUCAAUUCAUCGACAUGUUCUACCAAGCACUGCUGAAGGUCCACCAUUCAUGAGGGAGUCCUGGAGCCAGAGGCAGAUUUUAUUACAUUAGCAGUCUUGUACAUAAAUCUCUUCUGGUCUUUCCUCUGAGUCUUUCCUUUUCUAGUUGUUGACGGCUCCUCUUUGAGUUCUAUCUGUGUAUCUUUUUUUCCUCUGCUCGGGAAAAUUCGGAAAGGGUGUAACUGACUUUUCUUUCCUCACUCUGUCCUGGACUGCAUGUUAUGUAACCAUCGCAUGAACCUCGGAUCUCCUUGUUUCAGUGUAAAUGAUAGUCUUGCUUGUGUUAAGAUGCCA